CUGUUGUGUGAACCACAAUACAACUCUUUAUUGUUUCAGACUGUGAAUACAUUUUUCCACUAAAGAAAAAGAAGAAGAGAAUGGCGAGUGAACUAGAGUCUUUGGCAGCUUGUUAUCAGGGCUUUGACCCUAUUGCAUAUUUACAGCAUAACUACACUCCACCACGGGCCGACUUUAAAAGACACGACAGCAUCGUGCCAUGGAAACUAGCACAUCUGCAUCGGGCUUUCACCGAAGGUGAUAUUAGUGGCGGCCUGCUGGUGGACAUUGGUUCAGGUCCCACCCUGUACCAGGUGUUGAGUGGCUGUGAGGUGUUUGACAAGGUGAUCCUCACAGACUUCCUGGAGGUUAACCGGCAGGAGCUGAAGCGCUGGCUCCAGGACAAAGAUGGUUCUAACUUUGACUGGUCACCGUUCCUGAAGCACGUCUGCCAGUUGGAAGGACGAGAUCCCUCAGCAUGGAAGGAAAAAGCUGCAAGGCUACGUCAGGUGGUCAGAGGCAUCUUUCCGGUUGAUGUGCACUCCCCUCAGCCUCUGGCCCCCAGUGUGGUUCCCCCCGGAGGGGCUGACUGCCUGGUAUCCUGCUUCUGCCUGGAGAGCGCCAGCCCUGAUCUGGCGACCUUCUCGACCGCCCUGGGCAACAUCCAGAAGCUCCUGCGGUCGGGCGGCCACCUUCUCCUCAUUGGAACCCUGGAAAUGAGUUACUAUUUAGGAUCAGCUGAUUUGAAGAUCCCCACUUUCCCAGUGACCGAGGCUGAGAUCUGUGCCAGCCUGAAAGACAACGGCUUCACUCUGAUCAGGCUGGAGGUGUUCACGCUCUUUUCUGACAUGAAAGUGGGUGCCGAUGAUGCUGCCGGUGUUUUUUUUGUGAAGGCAAAGAAGAAUUAAAUGCUAAGUGAAUGUGGAUGUGAAAAGGCCCAUAAACACAUGAAAAUACACAUUGAAUUAUGUGCAGUACUACUAAUAAAGGCAUCAUCAUACUGCAUUUGUGUGAUUCCUCAGUUAUUAACACAAAGUCAAAUAUCAUAAAUAACAGGAUUUUUAAAAAAUGUAACUUUAGCAGCUGUAUGUG